AUCAACGAAAAUUUGUAAAACCAGCUUACGGCUUGGCGAUUGAAGUUAAUUCUUACUAAAGUCUUAAAACCCUAAUCUCUUUGUCCCUCACGCUCUCUCUCGGUCUUCUCUUUCUGCAAGAAGAACAAGAUGAAGCUCGUCAGGUUUUUGAUGAAAUUGAAUAACGAAACAGUAUCCAUUGAGCUAAAAAAUGGUACUGUCGUCCAUGGAACUAUCACAGGUGUUGAUAUUAGCAUGAACACACAUUUGAAGACCGUUAAACUCACACCCAAGGGUAAAAAUCCAAUAACGAUGGAUCACUUGAGUGUUCGUGGUAACAACAUCAGAUAUUACAUUCUUCCUGACAGCCUGAACCUUGAAACAUUACUUGUGGAGGAAACACCAAGAAUCAAACCUAAAAAGGCAACUGCUGGGAAGCCUGUGGGACGUGGAAGGGGUCGGGGUCGGGGCCGUGGACGUGGGCGUGGCCGUUAAUUUUGUAACAUGCUGGUUAGACCUUUAUUUCUAUUGGUCCCUUGUAAACAGAACUUAUGUGCGGAGAAGUUCAUUAGGGACGAGGUGUAAACGCAGAUCAUGCUUGUCUUUCAUCUUUCAGUAACUGGUGCAAAGUGUACUCAUUAAGAACUAAACAAUGCUAAUUGUCUGUAGGAUUGAGCCACUUAAGCUUCAUUGUUACGAUAAUAGUGCCAUCAUUUUUUGUUUUCCAAAAACUUGUUUUUUAAUUUUGAUUUGAACAAAUUAUUAACUAUUAGUAAGGUGUUAAGAUGGGGGAAUCUGUUCGAUGAAAAGCAUGUGCACAUUAUGAUUAUGAUAAACCCUUGUCGAACCGUGCCCAAAGUAUUUUUUCUUGGAA